UCAUUAAGUCCAUCAACUCAAUUCUUUAUGAGGAUACCUAGAUAAUACUUAAUUAGCAUUUUGACUCCUCAACUGUGACGUAACCUAAUUGAAAAUCAUUGAAUAUAUAAGGGAAGUGUUCUUUAGCCAAAGACAGACAAUUCGCUAACCAUGCAAGUUCUACUCGUCUUUCUAUCUGUGACAUUUGCCCUGUCACAUGGGGCUAAGCUUCCACUCGGUGGAACCCGAAAUUUCGAUAUUCAGCAACGCAUCUUCGGAGGAGAAAUUGCCGAUAAAGGACAAUUCCCAUACAUUGUUUCGUUACUCAUACGUAAGGGCAAUCAUAGUGGUGUAUGUGGUGGCUCCAUCAUUGAUCACAACUGGAUUUUGACUGCCGCUCAUUGCACGCACAACGCCGAUGGGGUUCAAAUCUUCUAUGGUUCAACGGAAAAAUGGAAGAGUGAAAUUAGUCAUGUUGUCAGUCCCGAUAACAUUAUUGAGCACGAAGACUAUAAUAAUUUAACGGCCGCGAAUGAUAUUGCCCUUAUUCGCACACCUCGUGUGGAGUACUCGGAGUUGGUUAAUAAAGUGUCGCUUGCCGAUCGCGAUAAUGACUACGAAGGAGCGUGGGGUGUAGCCAGUGGAUGGGGCAAAAAUGAAAAUGGUAGACCACAGGAAAAUCUACAGUUCAUCGACUUACAGAUUAACAGCAAAAGGAACUGCUGGAAUUUCGUUUAUGAACCAUCGGACACCAUGAUCUGCGUUGGUCCAUUUGUCGGUGAUGGCGACUCUGGAGGUCCAUUGGUCACACGUGAUGAUCCCAAACUCGUUGGUGUAGCUUCUUUUCUAGACCCAGGUCGACUAGGUGGCUUUAGUCGAGUUAGCAGUUAUCUGGACUGGAUUCGUAACCACACUGGCCUACAAUAGAUCCAGAUGAAUCCCAAGCCCAGCAUAAAGUGAUGUCCAAUUAAUUGCAUGUGAAAAAUUAUUAAUAAAGUGGAAUCGUAAAACAUGUUAAAAAGAGCAUUGUC